AUGCCCUUUGCCCUCGACCACCACCACGUCCACCCCCUCCCUGGCACUCGUGCAGCGAGCGAGGCGAGUGCGCGCCUCGCCUCGACCGGUACACUGUCCCAAUAUCGCCUUCUCCCGCCUCCCCUCGCCUUCACCCGCCUCUUCUCGUCUCCUCCCGCCUACCUCUUCAUCUCACCCUCGCCGACGCCGCCCUCGGCACCAUCCACCACGUGCUCAAUAGCGCUGGGCGACGCCACACCCCGUCCGCGACGCGCUCAACAGCGCGGGCUGCGCCAGGCCCCGUUCUCGCCUUCCCUCCUCCGCCGCCUCCAUCGGCACCCGGCGCGCCGCGCUUGGCCUUCCCUCCUCUUCACCGGACCUGGCUGCACCUAUGCCGACAUGAUCACCACUGUCGUGCCGUCAUGGACACAUGGCGAGCACGUCGGCACAGCUGUGCAGGUAAACCAUUUUAAAAAGUAG